UGGACGUUCACUUUGCUCUUGGCAGGACUUUCCGUACCGCCCUUGUGGAUCCGAGCGCUGUGUCGGGGCCGCUCCCCAGGCGCCUCCUCGGGACCCAGCCGAGGAGACACUGAGGAGGAUGGGACCGACCUCCGCGCCUUCGUGCACUCUGUGAUCCCCCGCCCUCCGUCCUCGCGGCCCCCGGAGGCGGCGCCCUGGCCCCUGUCCGCGUUUACCGGGUGGAAACAGAGGCUCUGAGUACGCCGGACGGCGGGCGGGUCCCGGCCCCGUGGAGGUGUGGGGGCCGACUGAGGCCGCGGGACCUGCCCGGGUCCGAUGGCGGCGGCGCUGAGGGACCUGGUGCGGGGCUGGGGAACCUUUGAGGACGUGGCUGUGUACUUCUCCCAGGAGGAAUGGGAGCUCCUUGAUGAGGCUCAGAGGCACCUGUACCGUGAUGUGAUGCUGGAGAACUUGGCCCUUGUGGCCUCGCUGGGUUGUUGGUGUGCAGUGGAGGACACCCCUCCUGAGCGGGGUGUUUCUGUAGGAGUGCUCCAGUUCAGGACCCCUAAGCCAGGUCCUCCUUACACCCAGAAGGCCAAUACCUGUGACAUGUGUGCCCCCAUCUUGAAAGAUGUAUUGCACCUGGCUGAGCACCAGGGAAUAUACCCCAGGCAGAAACCAUACAAGUGUGAGGCAUGUGGGAGAGGCUUCUUGCUCAGUGCAGACUCUCACCAGCACCAGAAGAAGCACAGUGGAGAGAAACCCUUCACGUGCAAGGCAUGUGGUAAGGCUGUCCUGGACAGCCACAACCUCCAGCACCAGGCUACCCACAGCAAAGGGAAGCCAUGCAGGAGCACUGAGCACAAGGAGGCAUUCCCACUUAGCCCCAGUCACCAGUUGCAGCAGGGAGUCAGUGCCAGCGACUUCAAGUGCAGCGACUGCGUGCAGGCCUUCCUGAAGGCCUUUGCGCUCCUUGACCACUUAACUCACUCUGAACAGAGACCCUUUAGAUGCCUGAAAGGUGGAAAUGCCCCCAAAGAGAAAUCAACCCUUGUUCAUCCCCCAAAAAUUCACCCUGGAGAAUCAUCCCAUGUGUGUAAGGAAUGUGGGAAGACCUUCAGUGACCUGCUUAAACUGAGGACCCAUCAGGAAGGUCACACUGGAAAAACACAUCACAGCUGCAGCAACUGUGGGAAAGCGUUCACCCGCAAACACUCACUUGUUCAGCACCAGAGAGUUCACACUGGAGAAAGGCCUUACGAGUGUGGCCAGUGUGGGAAAGCCUUCACUCGCAGCUUCCAUGUUGUUCGGCACCAGAAAGUUCACAACACAGAAAGGCCUUACGAAUGCAGACAGUGCCGGCGAGUCUUCAGCUGUAUCUCCAACUUUGUGGCGCACCAGAAAGUACACACUGGAGAAAGGCCUUAUGAGUGCAAUGAAUGUGGAAAAGCCUUCAUUAACAGCUCCCAUCUUGUUCGGCACCAAAAAGUUCACAACACAGAAAGGCCUUUUGAGUGCAACAAAUGUGGAAAAGCCUUCCAGCAAACCUCCAAACUUAUUCUGCAUCAAAGGAGUCAUACCGGAGAAAGACCUUAUAAGUGCAACCAGUGUGGGAAAGCCUUCAGUUGUCCCUCCAACCUUGUUCCACACCAGCGAAUUCAUACUGGAGAAAAGCCUUAUGAGUGCUCUGAAUGUGGGAAAGCCUUCAGUCAGAGCUCUGCCCUCAUUCAGCACCAGAAGGUUCACACCAGAGAAAGGCCUUAUGAGUGCAGUGAAUGCGGUAAAGCCUUCAGCUAUAGUUCCAACCUUGUUAAGCACCGGAAAGUUCACUCUGGAAAAAGGCCUUAUGAGUGCAGCCAGUGUGGGAAAGCCUUCAGUGAAAGCUCUAUCCUCAGUCAGCACCAGAGAGUUCACACUGGAGAAAAGCCUUAUGCAUGUAACAAAUGCGGAAAAGCUUUCCGCUACAGCUCAAACCUCUCUAAGCACCAGAAGGGUCACACUGGAAAAGAGCCUUCUUGGUGCAGUGAACGUCAGAACGCCCUCAGCCAGAGCUCCAGCCUCACUCAGCACCUGAAAGGUCAUACCAGAGAAAGGCCUUAGGAGUGUGGCAAAGGUGGAAGAGCACUAGCCAGGGCUUUCUCCUUGUUCACCAUAAAAGGACUCACUCCUUUUAUGA